UGUACAGUGUCGUUGAAUGUGACACAACUCGGUUGAGACGUACUGUGUUGGAUGCCAAGAAUAGUUUCGCCAUAAGUAAAUUAAACUUCGUUAUCUUUUGAAGGGUCUUUAUUUCAAUCAUGUCUGUGAAUUCUGUCCAUUGGUUUCGCAAAGGUUUGAGACUGCAUGAUAAUCCAGCGUUGCAAGAAGCAUUGGACGGUGCUGACACAGUGCGUUGUGUUUAUAUUUUGGACCCUUGGUUUGCUGGUUCUGCUAAUGUUGGACUGAAUCGAUGGAGAUUUCUAUUGGAAGCCUUGGAGGACCUCGACACGAGCCUCCGGAAACUAAAUUCGAGGCUCUUCGUAGUACGAGGCCAGCCCACAGACGUCUUUCCAAUACUUUUCAAGGAGUGGAAUGUCACCCGGCUGACCUUCGAGUACGACUCAGAGCCCUAUGGGACGGAGCGCGACGCCACCAUCCUGAAGAUGGCGCAGGACUUUGGCGUGGAGACGCGCGUCAGGAACUCCCACACGCUUUACAAACUGGCCAGGAUCAUUGAGAUGAACAACAACAUGCCCCCGUUGACCUUCAAGCGCUUCCAGGCCAUCGUCCAGCGGCUGGAGCUGCCCAAGAAGCCCCUCCCCACUGUCACCCGGCAACAGAUGGACUGCUGCCAGACAUGCGUCGCUGCCAAUCACGACGAGCAUUACGGAGUGCCCUCCCUCGAGGAACUAGGUUUUAAGACUCACGGCUUGGGUCCUGCUGCGUGGAGGGGCGGGGAGACUGAGGCACUGGAGAGACUGAACAAUCACAUGGACAAAAAGGGCUGGAUGGUGAACUUGGAGCGUCCGAGAAUCAGUGUGUCUUCCCUGAUGGCCAGUCCCACAGGCCUGAGUCCCUACCUCCGUUUUGGCUGCCUCUCCUGUAGAACCCUCUACUACAGACUCAGAGAGCUCUACGUGAUGGCACAUAAGCACUGCACGCCACCGCUCUCGCUCUUCGCCCAGCUCCUGUGGCGGGAGUUCUUCUACACGGCUGCCACCAACAACCCCAAGUUCGACCGCAUGGAGGGAAACCCCAUCUGCGUGCAGAUCCCCUGGGACAACAACCCUGAGGUUCUGGCCAAGUGGGCCGAGGGGCAGACGGGCUUCCCUUGGAUCGACGCCAUAAUGACCCAGCUUAGGCAGGAGGGCUGGAUCCACCACCUGGCCAGACAUGCUGUAGCUUGCUUCCUCACCAGGGGGGACCUGUGGAUGAGCUGGGAGAGUGGUAUGAAGGUGUUUGAGGAGCUGCUCCUGGAUGCAGACUGGAGUGUGAAUGCAGGCAGCUGGAUGUGGCUCUCCUGCAGCUCCUUCUUCCAGCAGUUCUUCCACUGCUACUGUCCUGUUGGCUUCGGCCGGAGGAUAGACCCCAGAGGAGACUACAUCAGGAGGUAUAUCCCCAAGCUGAGGGACUACCCUAACCGGUACAUCCACGAGCCGUGGACGGCCCCAGACUCGGUGCAGAAGGCGGCUAACUGUGUGGUGGGCGUGGACUACCCCGGACCCAUGCUCAACCAUGCACAGAGGAGCCGCCUCAACAUAGAGAGGAUGAAACAGGUCUACAAUACGCUCUCCAACUACAAGGGCCUCAGUUUACUUGGCUCUGUCUCCACAAUACAGGAGGAGGAAGAUUCGGCAGUAAUGACUGACGGCUCACAGACUCACGGCAACAUCAGCGGAUCUCUAACCGGGGCCCUUGUGGUUCCAGACUCGUACUCGUCCUCUCACUCCGGACGGCGAGACUGGACGCCAGCGGGACCCUCGCCCCCGAGGAAGAGGGGCCACGGCCCCAACCUGCUGGAGCUAACAGAGUGGGGCACCCAGGCCAAGGUCCAUUGCUGCAGCUCAGCCCACGGGGGGAGCUCCGACAGCUCCCAGCAAUAACAGAUUGUUGAUGCACCUGUGACUCAACGCUGAUUGGAAGGAGAGCCCUCCACACACAGCCCUGCAUCAUUCCCUGUUUCGCCUCGUCCACGGGUCCAUCGACUGUCAGUAGCCACCGCCCAAACCUGCAAAAGCAACGCAGACAGCAAAACAAACCGCAGUUGUUAGUUAGAUCUGCAGUAAAACGAUGCCCACCAAUACCAUAUCAAGGUUUCAGUGAUAUAUAUAUAGGCUGUAGAUCCAGCUGUUGCACUCAGUACACGCUGACAUUUUCCUGCUGUGUUUUAUGUAGAAGAUCAGUAACUGUUUUUCUACUGACGAGAGCGUGAUCAGUUCACUCUCCGAGGUUUGUGUGUGUGGUUCUAUUCUGUGCUGGUGUGGUUUAGGGCUAAGGGAAGCCUCACCCUGUAGCCGUGUAUCUUUUGACACAUGGUAUGAAGGGAAUCCUAAGGGUAAUAUGUGACGCCCCUGUCGCGUGCCUCAGUUUGCACGUAGAGUAUUUCACUCACUUCCUCGUUUGUCAAAACAACUCCCUAUUAUGAACGUCCUCUGCUCUAGCUGUGUUCUCAUUGGCUAUGGUGUAAAAUGGUGUGCUGCGAUUGACCUCCAGCUCACCACAUAGGCCUACAGUAGUUCACAUAAGAUGUGGUGUCAGGGGGCAUCGGGCUGGCGUGUGAGGUUAGGGCAGGGCUUCCCAAACUAUAGAGAUGUGGUGUCAGGGGGCAUCGGGCUGGCGUGUGAGGUUAGGGCAGGGCUUCCCAAACUAUAGAGAUGUGGUGUCAGAGGGCAUCGGGCUGGCGUGUGAGGUUAGGGCAGGGCUUCCCAAACUAUAGAGAUGUGGUGUCAGGGGGCAUCAGGUUAGCAGCAUUUGCUUACUGGUCGCCCCAAAGGUGAGUGGAAGAACCUGUGAUGUCCUCACCAACGUGUCUCGAGGAGGAAAGGUUGGGAACACCUCGCGUGAGGGGCAUCUAUCUACUCUCUCCCUAUCUGCUAUGCCAUACUACUAGUGAUGUUACACCACACCAGUCACUGCUAGUUCUCCCCUGGGAUCCAAAGGUUGAUGUAGUGUUGAACUGUUAGUUUAUCCCUUCCAUCUCACCAAGGGUUUUCGUGGUUCUACCAACUUUUUCAAU